GUAAACUGCAAUCUUGGACCCCACUUUUCCCCGCCAAUUUGAUCAGCAUUAUCCCCUUCCUAGAUUCUCUUAAAUCUCUUUUAUGUUUUUCUCUCUCCUAAACUUGUUGAGAUAUGGAUUUUGGGUGAUGGGUAGCUUCAAUCUCAGAAAAUGCAUCUUCAAUUUCGCAACUUUUCAAUCCAAUUUCUCAUUCCAACCUCAAACCCUAAUUCCCAUUUACUCUCUUCCCACCAUGAUUAUGUUCAUGCUCAUAAUUCUCCAAUUUUCAACAAUCUUUCUUUCAGAAAAACCCGGAAAUCUAACCUUAAACGCCUCACUACUCGCAUUGUUCAGCUCACUCGACGCAAACAACUUAAUCAGGUGUUUGAAGAAAUUGAGGUAGCUAAAAGAAGAUAUGGAGGUCUUAAUACAAUUGUGAUGAAUGCUGUCUUAGAGGCUUGCAUUCGUUGUGGUGAUAUUGAUUCUGCCCUUAAGCUGUUUGAUGAAAUGUCGAAUUCGAGGAGCUGCCGUGUUGAUAGUGUCUCUUAUGGCACUUUGUUGAAGGGUUUGGGUAUGGCUCGGAGAAUUGAUGAAGCAUUCCAACUCCUGGAAGCUGUGGAACGAGGUGAUGCCGUUGGAAACCCGGAAUUAUCAGCACCACUUCUUCAUGGUUUGCUUAAUGCUCUUAUUGAUGCAGGAGACUUACGCCGUGCCAAUGGUCUUCUUGCUCGCUAUGGAUUUGUGUUCCAUAAAAGUGGCAGCCCAUCAAACCUGAUUUACAACUUGUUAAUGAAGGGAUACAUAACCACAGGGUGUCCUGAAGCUACAUUCACCGUACACCAAGAUAUGUUACGCCAAGGCUUAAGACCGGAUAAACUCACUUAUAAUACGCUCAUCCUUGGUGCAGUAAAGACAGGAAAAUUAGAUUCUGCAAUGCAGUUUUUGGAGGAAAUGAAGGAUGAUGCAUGCAAGUACAAUUGCGAUGAUCUUCAUCCAGAUAAUGUAACAUAUACUACUUUAUUGAAGGGUGCUGCGCUUGCUAAAGAUAAUCAUUUGGUUCAGAAGAUAAUGAUGGAAAUGCAUACAUCUGAAACAUUAUCUGUUGAUCGAAUUGCCUAUACUGCACUUGUCAAUGCUCUGCUAAGCUGUGGCUCAACCAAUGGUGCUUUAUGUGUGUUCGGGAAGAUUUUAAAGAUGGCAGGAGAAAAGUCAGAUCUACGUCCAAAGCCUCAUCUUUAUCUUUCCUUGAUGCGUGCUUUGGCUUGUACAGGUGAUUUUUGGUUGGUGAAGAAUUUACGCCAUCGCAUGUGGCUUGAUUCUUCAGGAACUAUCAAACCUGCAGUUCAGGAAGCAGCUGAUCACCUUCUAAUGGAAGCAGCUUUGAAUGCUGGCCAGGUUGAAGUCGGUAUACAAAUUCUUUCAGAUGUUAACACUAGAUGGAAAGGACUAUCUUGGACAAGUCCAGGUGGCCAGGCUGCUGUACGCCUAGAGGCAUUGUUGGGCUUUGACCGAUCCGUAUUUUAUCCUUAUAUUUUGCCACAGGUAUCAAUAGAUGAUUCAGUGGAGAGCAUCAUGAUUCCAUUUGAAGAGGCUCGACCUGUACAAGCUACCUUAAUGCUAAAGGAAGUGGCUAUGCGUUUCCUGAAGGAUUCAGUUGUGCCCGUCAUAGAUGACUGGGGCAACUGUGUGGGACUACUGCAUCGGGAAGAUUGUACUGAUCUAAAUUUACCAGUCUCAGCAAUGAUGAAGAGCCCUCCUCCAUAUGUGGCAGCCGCAACAUCAGCUGGCCGUGUGAUUGAUCAAAUCUUGGAGAAGCGCUACAAAAUGAUGAUUGUCGUAAAAUAUAGCAACAUGUACAGCUCUUUCGGCGCUAGGCCUGUUGGAGUUUUUACUUAUGAGCAAUUACACAAGCUUAUUAAGCCUACCACAAAGGUGCCAGGGCAAAAUACUUCUUUACGGUUUGUAAGACCUUCAUAAACUCAACUUUUAGUUUUCUUUUCCUGUAGAAUUUGCUAUCUACAUAUUAGGUGAUAGGGAUAUGAAUUUUAGGAAUCAUUGGCACUAAAAAAAAAGGUUUAUCCUUAAUGACCAACUUCAAUCAUCAUAUCUUAAGCAAA